AUAUUUUUAAGGCUUGAGCGCACUACCGCAUCACGCAUGCAUGUGUUUGUCGGUCGAGUGCAACAACUGGCAAAAUGAAGAUGGCGGACGGAUCUUUGUUAAGAAGAAAUAGGCCCGGAACAAAGGCAAAGGAUUUUUGCCGCUGGCCAGAUGAGCCGUUUGAGGAAAUGGACAGCACACUUGCAGUGCAACAGUACAUACAACAGAUAAUAAGACGAGAGCCUUCGAACAUUGAGCUCAUUCUUGGUAUGCCUGAUGGUCAGGACGAGGGAGUUUGGAAAUACGAACACCUGAGGCAGUUCUGCAUGGAAUUGAACGGAUUAGCAGUGAGACUCCAAGGGGAAUGUAACCCCGAGACUUGCACUCAGAUGACUGCCACUGAACAGUGGAUAUUUUUAUGCGCUGCUCACAAAACGCCAAAGGAAUGUCCAGCGAUCGAUUACACUCGGCAUACUUUGGAUGGUGCCGCUUGCCUACUCAACAGCAAUAAAUACUUCCCAAGCAGAGUCAGCAUCAAAGAGUCAUCUGUCGCAAAACUUGGCUCUGUAUGUCGUCGAGUUUACAGGAUCUUCUCACACGCCUAUUUUCACCAUCAGUCAAUAUUUGACGAGUUCGAAAAUGAGACAUUCCUUUGUCGCAGGUUUACAGCGUUUGUUAUAAAAUAUAAUCUGAUGUCUAAGGACAAUCUCAUAGUACCAAUAUUGGAGGACGGCGCACCAACGGAAAGCGAGGCAUAAGGAUUGUUGUUCUUAUCAUCUUGGCUGGGGCCCGAAUGGCAGAUUAAAUGAAAUCUGUUACUGAGCGAUCCACAUAUACAGAUAUAUUUAAUAUCACACGGCAUUAUCUCAGGUGGCAUGCGAUUGACACUGAGACCAAACUAAUGGACGCAUGUUCAGAUUCUGGUCAAAUUAUUGUUAAAAAUCCUUGACUGAACAUCAGAAAAGUAAGUGCCGUCGGUAAAGUUCUCCGUCAAUCACUGAAUCAAUUCUGUUUAUAUUUAUCCAAAUUUAUUUAUACGUGUUUUUCCAAUAUCAUGCCGAAUCAACUUUUCCGUCGCACUUCGAGAAAUUUGUCCUCCUUUUUCUCAUUGAUACACAACCUGAAGACUGUUUGUCUGAAUAGCUACGAUUAAUUUACUAUCCAUAUAAUGUGAAUCAGAGCCUGAAUUAUUAUGAUUUUCUAUUUAAUUGAAUUUAAAUCAAUCUUUUGUUACUGUUGGUAAUAAUUUAUCAGGUUCAACCAACGAUAAUUACAAGAUGGAUCAUGAAUCACAUACUUUACUUACGUAUCAUCUUGUUUUACCGACGUACCACUUCUCACUCCGUAUAGCGUCGCGGCUAACGUGUGUGCGUCUCGAAAGUCUAAUCCAUCCAUUCUAAAAUCUGUAAAUGCUCGGAAAUACACUUUGAAAUGAACAAAAUAACUUAAUGAAGGAAAACUCGUUAAUAGUUAUUGAUGAGAUACAAAGUUUCUUGUAAAAUCUCAUACAAUUUACUUUGCGAAUUCAUUGUGUUAGCUGAUCUACCUACUUUGACUUUUACCUCACAGUCACUUCUGAGAUUUGGGGUAAAAAAAACUCCAGUUGUCACACUUCAAAAUAAAAUUUGUGACUGCAAGUUGAAAUAUAUAAUUUAAAUUUGAACCGGUUAAUUUUUUCUUUCUUCAGUUUUAUUAUUAGUCGCGAUUGAAGUAAUGAUAUUUUUUCUCAAGACCCUGUUUCUAUCGAUUGAUAAAGUUAUAUUGGAUAAUAAAAAAAAAAAAAGAAAAAACCUUAUGUCUAAUUAUUGUAAUUACUGUAGCUUAGAAAAAGAAAAAUAAUAAUAAUAAUAAUAAUAAUAACAACAAUAGAGGAAUAGUGUGCGAGUCCUUGUAAUAAGACGUAAUAGUGGUUAUAUAAAAAAAUAAAUGUUGUAUAAUCGUUAUAUAUAUACACAUACGUAUAUAUAACACGCUAAUUAUCUCACUAUAGGUCUAAAAUUCGGGUCGAUAGAUUUUCCGCUAACCUUCUAACGAUCAUACACAUAUACAUAGCGUAUCAUGGAUUUAAACGUCAACUCCUCGUCAUUAUUAUCAUUAUCACUAAUUAUUACUAUUAUUAUACACGUGUAUCACCAUACUAUACAUAAGUAUGGAGAAGUAACAAAUUUGAAGAAAAAGAAAAUAAUUAACGCAAACGAUUAAAAACUUGAUUUAAAUAUAUAAAUACAAAACUAAAAAUAACACGAACACGAAUAAUAAAUAAUAGUCGAACACAAGUAAAGCCUGCAGUGUCGAUAAAUAAGUUCUAAUUUUUCAAAGUUGCCAUGUAAGAUCAACGUUUCUAUACAUGUAUAAUUCAAUCAAUUGCCUAGUGUAAACAAUGUUUCCUAUCGAUUUUUUUACAGCCUAAAUCGAGGCAAAAAUUUUGACUGGUAAGAAAAAAGCGAAACUAUAUACUUACGACCAAAAGCAAUAUAGCAGAUGAAUUAUAUGCACACACAUAUAUACAUAUUCAUAUAUAUCAUAUAUGUAUAUGAAAAGCACAGAGUCUUUUUUCUAAUAUCGAAUUGAAAUGAUACUUUAUAUGCAUGUGUAAACUGUGUAUGUAACAAUAGCUGAUGUAGUGAAUUUACUAAUAAUCCGCAGCCUGAUCCCAUAGAUUACUAUUAGGUAUACCUUUACAUCAUAGAAACAUAAAUGACGACGAUGUAUGGAUGUAUGUAUAUACACAUGUGUGCGCGUGUGUGUGCGUGUUGUGUUGUGUUGUGUAUACAUAAUAUAAUAAUAUACAUACAUCGUCAGGAUGAAGAUAUACAGAAUUUAUUUAUGAAUUUGUUUUUUAUAAAUCAUCAGUGUUUCAUUAUUAAUAUACAUAUAUGAAUUAUAAUGGGCGCGGAUUUACGAUCCUGUAAGAAUUCUGUUCUCCAUUGAAUCUUAUUCUCUUUGGUGCGUGCACACAUACAUAUAUGCAUACAUACAUACAUACAUACACACAGAGUUACACACGGAUAAUAACUGAUGUACCGUAAUGAAACGAAGUGACAGAAAAAAAAUUCAAAAAUACAAAAACCACAAAGGAAAGAAAAAAGAAAUACUGUAACAAUUAAAUACACUGUACAUAACAAUCUGUAAAUAUGAACUAAUGAUGACAAUGGUGUAUGAAAUUAAUUAUUAGAAUUAUACCUACUACUAUUGUAAUGAUAAUAAGAGAAA